GCCUGAACUUGCAGCAGCAAACAGAAGAAUUAUUCUUCCCGUCUGCACUGCCACUGAACUGAGAUGCCUGUAGAAACACGAUCCAUCAGAGACAACUCUGCAGUUGGUCGUUUUCCAACUGUCACUCUUGGGUUUGAGGAGGACACCGAGGAAGAAAAGGAACAACCGGAGGAAAACAAUGUUCAGGGAGAAAAUGCGUGUCAGCGCUGGCUGCGAAAGGUCUGUCCAUGCUGCUAUAACAAACCCAAUGAGGAUGAAGUCACAGACACUUUGGUCACAGGGGUUGAUGAGCUGGAUAACGAGGAUGGGAUAAAUGAUGAAAAACCUGCAACUGGGGACCACAAGUUGGAUGAACUCCUUCUCAACGUGCAAUCAAUAGACCUAAUGAAAAGCAUAUCAGGGGAGAACCGCAUUGAGCAUCACACAGAUCUCUACCCGAGUGACAACCUCAUUAUUCGCAGAGGACAGACGUUCCAGAUGUGGAUUACCCUGUCUCGACCCUUUGACCGCAGCACUGACAAACUUCACCUUGAGCUCAAAACAGGGCCACUGCCAACACUGGCGAAGGGAACCCAUGUAAUCAUCCCUUUAGUGGAAGACCUGGACGACGGCCGCUGGGAGGCUGCUGUUGUGAGACAGGACGACAAAAGAAUAAAGCUGUCCGUGAAUUCGUCACCCACGGCGCUCAUUGGCCGAUAUCAACUCAAGGUGGAAACAAGCUGCACAAAUGGCGAGGCUAUUUCCACACAUGACCCUGCGAAUGACAUCAUCAUGUUGUUCAACCCCUGGUGUGAAGAUGACACAGUGUUCAUGGACUCUGAGGAAGAGAGGCACGAAUAUGUCCUGAACGAUGUUGGACUAAUCUACUAUGGAACAGAGAAUCAAAUUGGAUUGAGGACGUGGAACUAUGGACAGUUUGAUGAUGGGAUUCUAGCUGCCUGCCUCUUUGUCCUGGAAAAGAGUGGAGUUCCUCCGUCUGGUUGGGGAGACCCAGUUAAUGUGGUGCGAAUUGUCUCUGCCAUGAUCAAUUCCCCUGAUGACUGUGGUGUUGUGGAGGGAAACUGGUCAGGAAACUAUUCAAAUGGAACUAGUCCAACAACGUGGAGUGGAAGCGUGGAAAUCCUAAAGGAAUACCAUGAAAACAAAGGCAAUCCUGUUAAGUACGGCCAGUGCUGGGUUUUUGCGGGCACCUUCACUACAGUGCUACGGUGUUUGGGCAUCCCCGGCCGAACUGUGACCAACUACAACUCAGCUCAUGACACAGACGUCUCCUUGACAUCAGACAUAUACCUGGACGAGAACCUGGACCCUAUAGAAGAGCUCAAUGUGGACUCUAUCUGGAACUUUCAUGUGUGGAACGACUGCUGGAUGGCUCGUCCAGACUUACCUCCAGGCUAUGGAGGCUGGCAAGCUGUUGAUGCCACACCUCAGGAGACCAGCCAAGGCACCUUCCGCUGUGGUCCCGCGUCUCUUACUGCUGUACGCAAUGGUCAGGUCUACCUCAAACACGACUGUCCGUUUGUGUUCGCUGAGGUAAACAGUGAUAAAAUCUACUGGCAGAGGAAUACAGAUGGGACCUUUAGUCAAAUCUACAGUGAGAAAAAAGCUGUAGGCCACAAGAUUAGCACCAAGGCUGUUGGUUCUGACAAGCGUAGUGACAUCACACACCUUUACAAACACCUUGAAGGCACAGAGGCGGAACGCAUUGCUGUGGAAACAGCAUGUCGCUACGGCUCCAAAGCAGAGGCCUAUUCAUCUCCCACAGCAGAGGAUGUCUCUAUAGAAGUCACCAUGGAGGGUAAAGGUCCUGAAAUGGGACAAGAUGCUGAGCUGACCCUCACGUUACGUAAUAGCAGUUCAGAGAAUCGCACAGUUAUCCUUCACAGCCAAGUGGCAGUCAUGUACUACACCGGUGUCCACAAGGCCACGAUCAGGAAGGAUGAAACAGACGUGGACCUACUGCCCAACGAGGUGAAGAUUUUGGAGUGGUCCCUGACAUACGAAGACUGUAAGGACAAACUGAUAGAUCAGGCCGCCCUCAUGCUGACCCUCUCCGGCAGAGUUAAAGAAACACAGCAGGUCCUGGCCACUCAGUUCAGUUUUCGACUCAGGACCCCAAACCUCUUCCUAACGCCAGUUGGUAAGGCUGUGGUCGGAGAGAGGAUGGCGGUAAAGAUUUCGUUUACAAACCCACUACCACUGGUGCUGAAAGCUGUGAUAUUCCAUGUGGAGGGACUCGGCCUCCUCACUGCACGAAAGAUUAAUUUUGGAGAUAUCGGCAGCCAUGCCUCUGUGUCUCUCACUGAGCACUUUGUCCCCACCCUGUCUGGACCAAGGAAAUUAAUGGCUUCACUGGACUGCAAGCAGCUCACUCAGGUUCAUGGUGUGACAGACAUCACUGUGGAGGAAAGCAACGCCGCUCCAUAGUCACAAUAGUACUAACUCUAUUUUAUUUUCUAAAUGAAGUAUUUUUCUGUGUAAUUUAUACUAAGAGUUUGAAUUUAAACAAUCAAAGAUACGGCACUGCUUUAUUUUGCAUGACUUUCAAAAUGAACAAUGACCACAGAAGGACUAACUAAUCAUGACAAUAUCUGAGAAGGAGGUAACAUUUGAGGGAUUUCAUCUCAAAAUAGACCUUUUAUGUUAUAUGAAAUCUAAUACUAGCACACAUCAAGUUCUUUGACAUUCUAAUAUGGAAAAUCUGGUUUUAUGGUUUGCUUAUUAUGCAGGAUUAUAGGGUGCAACUACUGUAUUAUGCCAAAAUCCUGCAGUGGUUGUAUAAUGUUGCAGCUUAAAUGACAGAAGUGUAUUUUUUAAAAAACAUUUGGAGUCAUAUUUUAUAUUUAUUCAUAUCAUUAAUUUAUUUUUGUUUUCAUUGCACUUGAGAGUAAAAUCAAUUUUAUAUUGUGG